AUGCUCCUGGGACUCACAGGGACCAUGCUCCUGGGACUCACAGGGACCAUAUGCUUCUGGGACUCACAGGGACCAUGCUCCUGGGACUCACAGGGACCAUGCUCCUCGGACUCACAGGGACCAUGCUCCUGGGGCUCACAGGGACCAUGCUUCUGGGACUCACAGGGACCAUGCUUCUGGGACUCACAGGGACCAUGCUCCUCGGACUCACAAGGACCAUGCUCCUCGGACUCACAGGGACCAUACUCCUGGGACUCACAGGGACCAUGCUCCUGGGACUCACAGGGACCAUACCCUGGGACUCACAGGGACCAUGCUCCUGCGACUCAAAGGGACCAUGCUCUCCUGGGACUCACAGGGACCAUGCUCCUGCGACUCAAAGGGACCAUGCUCCUGGGAAUCACAGGGACCAUGCUCCUGGGGCUCACAGGGACCAUGCUUCUGGGACUCAAAGGGACCAUGCUCCUCGGAUUCACAGGGACCAUGCUCCUCGGACUCACAGGGACCAUGCUCCUCGGACUCACAGGAACCAUGCUCCUCGGACUCACAGGGACCAUGCUCCUGGGGCUCACAGGGACCAUGCUUCUGGGACUCACAGGGACCAUGCUCCUCGGACUCACAGGGACCAUGCUCCUUGGGCUCACAGGGACCAUACUUCUGGGACUCACAGGGACCAUACCCUGGGACUCACAGGGACCAUGCUCUGGGACUCACAGGGACAAUGCUCCUGGGACUCACAGGGACAAUGCUCCUGCGACUCAAAGGGACCAUGCUCCUGGGAAUCACAGGGACCAUGCUCCUCGGACUCACAGGGACCAUGCUCCUCGGACUCACAGGGACCAUGCUCCUGGGGCUCACAGGGACCAUGCUUCUGGGACUCACAGGGACCAUACCCUGGGACUCACAGGGACCAUGCUCCUCCAGGGACUCACAGGGACCAUGCUCCUGGGACUCACAGGGACCAUGCUGCUCACGGGACCACAGGGACCAUGCUGCCUGGGACUCACAGGGACCAUGCACCGGGGCUAUCACAGGGACCACUUGGGACUCACAGGGACCAUGCUCCUGGGACUCACGGGACCUAUGGGACUCACAGGGACCAUGACCUCUCUGGGACUCACAGGGACCAUGCUAUCACAGGGACAAUGCUAUCACAGGGACCAUGCUAUCACAGGGACCAUGCUAUCACAGGGACCAUGCUAUCACAGGGACCAAUGCUAUCACAGGGACCAUGCUAUCACAGGGACAAUGCUAUCACAGGGACAAUGCUAUCACAGGGACCAUGCUAUCACAGGGACCAUGCUAUCACAGGGACAAUGCUAUCACAGGGACCAUGCUAUCACAGGGACCAUGCUAUCACAGGGACCAUGCUAUCACAGGGACCAUGCUAUCACAGGGACCAUGCUAUCACAGGGACCAUGCUAUCACAGGGACAAUGCUAUCACAGGGACAAUGCUAUCACAGGGACCACGCUAUCACAGGGACCACGCUAUCACAGGGACCAUGCUAUCACUGGAACGGUGCUAUCACAGGGACCAUGCUAUCACAGGGACCAUGCUAUCACAGGGACCAUGCUAUCACAGGGACCAUGCUAUCACAGGGACCACGCUAUCACAGGGACCACGCUAUCACAGGGACCAUGCUAUCACAGGGACCAUGCUAUCACAGGGACAAUGCUAUCACAGGGACCAUGCUAUCACAGGGACCACGCUAUCACAGGGACCAUGCUAUCACAGGGACAAUGCUAUCACAGGGACCAUGCUAUCACAGGGACCAUGCUAUCACAGGGACCAUGCUAUCACAGGGACCAUGCUAUCACAGGGACCAUGCUAUCACAGGGACCACGCUAUCACAGGGACCACGCUAUCACAGGGACCAUGCUAUCACAGGGACCACGCUAUCACAGGGACCAUGCUAUCACAGGGACCACGCUAUCACAGGGAUCAUGCUAUCACUGGAACGGUGCUAUCACAGGGACCAUGCUAUCACAGGGACCACGCUAUCACAGGGACCAUGCUAUCACAGGGACCACGCUAUCACAGGGACCAUGCUAUCACAGGGACCAUGCUAUCACAGGGACAAUGCUAUCACAGGGACAAUGCUAUCACAGGGACAAUGCUAUCACAGGGACAAUGCUAUCACAGGGACAAUGCUAUCACAGGGACCACGCUAUCACAGGGACCAUGCUAUCACAGGGACCACGCUAUCACAGGGACCAUGCUAUCACAGGGACAAUGCAAACUCAGGGACGGUGCUAUCACAGGGACCGUACAAUCACAGGGACCGUGCUAUCACAGGGACCAUGCUAUCACAGGGACGGUGCUAUCACAGGGACGGUGCUAUCACAGGACGGUGCUAUCACAAGGACAGUGCUAA